AUGGCUUCUACUGUUCUAGGGAAGCGACAGAGACCUACUCUCGAGUCUUCAGAUGCACCUUCUUUACGAUCACCAAGUAAACGGUUGGCAAGGGCAAGCAAGAAGAUCUAUACAGACGAGGAGGACCCCUUUAUAACGUCGACAAGCCAAAAACGCUCCAGCUCCCAGUCGUCCAUCACCCGCAAGCGCCCCAGUGAUGCAAACACUCCAAGCCGUAACGUACGAACGAAACGUAUUGACAAUGACAAGACAACCAGCAGCACAUCAGCUCACGACGAAAAUGAUGAAAAUGUCCAACCUGUCGAGUUUAGCACUCCAACAACACAAAGAUAUAAAAAUGUUUUCCUUCCAGUUACUCCAAAGCACCGAGUACUGGUUGGUGUGAAGCCCUUGACUCCUCGAACUCCACGAACUCCAUCCACACCAAAGACCACUCGUUCCGUUUUCACAGCUGCAAAACAACUUUUCACCCGAAGUGCAAACCCAGGCCAGCUGGUUGGACGAGAAAAUGAGGCAAUGGAGAUGAAAAGCUUUAUUCAACGGUCGGUAGACUCGAGAAAAGGCGGAUGCAUCUACGUGAGCGGACCACCUGGUACAGGGAAAACAGCUCUCAUCGACGAAGUCUCACGAGAACUCGAGAAGUGCCCCGAGGAAAUCAAGCUUGCCAAUGUCAAUUGUGCCAGCCUGACGUCUGCACGAGAUAUUUACGGCAAUCUUAUCGAAGACUUGUCUGAGAAUACCAGCGUAUUCAAAAAGAGCGAGGCGGAGCGCCUUGAGGCAAUGUUCAUCUCUAAGAAGGCAACUGGUCCUCUCUACUUUGUCAUUCUGGAUGAAAUCGAUCAUCUCCUCUCUGGAGAUAUCGAGAUCCUAUACAAGCUCUUCGAGUGGUCCUUGCACAAGUCCUCGCGCCUUAUCCUGAUUGGAAUUGCGAAUGCACUUGACUUGACAGAUCGACUCCUACCUCGCCUUAAAGCAAAGAAUUUGAAACCUCAUCUACUUCCAUUCCUUCCAUAUACCCCAGCGCAAAUUACUGAUAUUAUCACUACCCGCCUUCGCUCUUUACUACCCAAGGAAGGCCAGAACGCUGCAAGCCAGAUUCCUUUCCUCCACCCAGCUGCCAUUCAGCUCUGUUCUCGAAAAGUUGCCUCACAGUCCGGUGACUUGAGGAAGGCCUUCGAUCUUGUCUACCGAACCAUCUCUCUUCUAGAACGUGAGACUCAACAAAAGGCGGCUACUGCUUCUACCACCAGCCCCUCCAAGCUGCCUUUGCUUGAGAAUAAGAAUCUUGCAUCAACCUCUCUAUCCACUCCCCCCACCACAGAAUACACUGCUGCCACUGCACCACGUGCAACUGUGGCUCACGUUGCUCGUGUCACAUCUACUACUUUCGGUAACGGCACAACCGAAAGACUACAGGACCUGAACUUGCAACAAAAAGCCGCCCUUUGUGCCUUGAUUUCCUUUGGCAAGAAACAACAAACUGCCAAUGUUGUUUAUAGAACUCCCUCAAAAUCGCCACGAUCUACCGCCCCAACCAGCCGAGAACUUUUCGAGACGUACGCUGGGCUUUGUCGGCGCGAUAACGUUCUUCAGCCACUCACCGCCACUGAGUUCAGAGAUGUUAUCAGCAGCCUCGAAACCAUGGGCUUAGUUGGAGAAGUUGACGCUCGUAGCCGUGGAGCCGGUUCUCCCGCUACAGGAGCAUCUGGCCUCUUCUCUACCCCAUCGAAGUCUGGUCGUGGAAGAGCAGCCGCAAUUAAAAACAUGGCUCGGACUGACGAUAGUGGCCUCGUGUGUCUCGUCGGAGAAAAAGAGGUGCAAAGUCAAAUCUCUGGGCCUGGUGAGGGUAUUCUCAAAGCGCUGCUGGCCACCGAUGAGUAUUAA